AUGAAGCUCGUGGAAGAAUUGGAGGAAAAGAGUGCUUCUUCCUCGAGAUCUAAGAGUGAUUUGGUGGGAGUUAAUACAAUUCUGUUGGAGUUGAAGGAUCGUCUCACGAAUAUGGAGAGGAAGGUGGAGAUCAUCCCCAUCGUUGGUAUGGGUGGUAUUGGUAAGUCUACCCUUGCUCGAAAUCUUUAUGACGAUGCAUAUAUUUUUUCUCACUUUGAUUAUCGUGGUUGGGCUGCGAUUUCACAAGUUCCCAAUAUGCGGGAAACUAUGUUAAGUCUUCUUCGUUGCCCGGAUGAAAAGUUAAGCGAAAAACUGAUUGAAUGUGAAGAUUAUGAGUUGAGAGAAAUCUUGCAUAAGAGGUUGUUUGGGCGACGAUAUAUGAUUGUGUUGGAUGAUAUAUGGAGUACGAUGGCCUGUGAUGAGAUAAAGAUGUAUUUCCCUGACAAUAGUAAUGGGAGUCGGAUUGUGAUCACCACUAGGGAUUCUGAAGUGGCAGAACAAGUUGCGAGCUCGAAGAUUUUGCAUCGUGUGAAUUUUUUAGAUGAGUAUGCGUGUCGGGAUCUACUUUGCCAGAUUGUGUUUGGAGAAGAUGAUUGCCCUGACGAAUUGAAAGGGUUAGUAUCUAAGAUAUUGAGCGAUUGCAGUGGGCUACCUCUUCGUGAUUGGAGGGCUAUUGUCAAAGGUUGA